AAUAGGCGGCAAACAAAAUUGCUAUCGUUCUACGAAGGACAUAUAUGUACAAUUUAUUAUUAAUUAAACCAAACACUGUAAUUUAAAUGUGAACAUGAAGUGCGAAUUAUGCGCAUUGGACCGUCGCGACACCAUUCGUUAUGGGGAAUUUCUAACGAAAAACAGGAAGGGCGUCCAUACAAAUUGUUUGUACUUGUCCUCGGGUUUGCAACAAAAUGGUUCAGAGGAUGAAGGCUUUCUUGGUUUCCUACCCAAAGAUAUUGCGGCAGAGCGGGCACGCAUCUCAAAAAUUCAAUGCUGCUAUUGUGGAAAAAUGUACGCCAAUAUUGGAUGUUGUGAAGUGCGUUGUUAUCGCAAUUUUCACAUGAUUUGUGGCAUUGAACGCGGUGCUAUGAAUCAAUUUCUAGAUACCUUUCGGUCGUUUUGCGACCGUCAUGUCCGGAAGGUGAACACCCGUCCAAAACCCGACGAGGAUUGUUGUAUUUGCUAUGAGAAGAUUUUUAAUGAAAGUAGACGCUUUAGUUCAACGAAAAUCAUACGUGCACCGUGUUGCCGCAAUGGUUGGUUUCAUAAAUAUUGCUUACAAAUAUUUGCCAAAAAUGCUGGGUAUUUCUUCAAAUGUCCACUGUGCAAUGACUCUCAAAAAUUCAAAACCAGUAUGUGUUAUUGGGGUGUUUUCGUUCAAGAUAAGGACGCCGAGUGGGAGUUGGUACCCAACGCGUAUGCCGAACUGAUGGAAAGGCCUAAUGUAUGUGGAGCAGAAAUAUGCCAAAAUGAGGAAGGACGCGGGCAGAGCAGUGAUGCAAAUCCAUUCCAGUACUGCGUAACAUGCGGUUCUGUGGCUAUACAUCUACGAUGUGUGCCACAUCGAGGCAAUUCAUUUGAAUGUGACACAUGCCAGAGAAUUUUGAACUCAGAUAGUGGACAUGAGAGUCUGACCUCUCAGCAACAGAGUGUUGAUAACGAAAAUGAAUGCACAGAAACGUUGGACGAAGAUAAAAAUUCUGAGGUCGAUGUAUGCGAAAACAAUGACGAAAAAUUGGGGAAAGAAAAGGAUUCUUAUGAAGAAAUCUUACCACCGAAAAUGAAGAGUAAAAAUGCGCUUCGAAUACUGGAUGAAACCGAAGAAGCAUCCUUUAGUGAUGAUGAAGACGAGGUUUCAAUAAUGGGUAGCAGUCGCAGAAUACCCGAAAACAAGCGAUAUAUAAUUGAUGCUCAUAAUACUGAAAAAAGUAUCACCGAAGAAAUUUUACCACCGAAAAUGAAGAGAAAAAAUGCGCUUCGAAUACUGGAUGAAACCGAAGAAGCAUCCUUUAGCGAUGAUGAAGAUGUUUUAAUAAUGGGUAGCAGUCGCAGAAUACCCGAAAACAAGCGAGAUAUAAUUGAUGUCCAUAAUACUGAAAAUAGUAUCACCGAUAACGUGGAACUGAACUGCAGUAAAGAUGAACAACUUUCCUCAAGUGAUGAUGAGGCUAUCUUCAGCGAGGAUGAAGGAUUAGUAGAUGCUUUUGAAAGCCCAGAAAUGCCGCACAGUUCCCGUGUAAAAGAAAAUAUUGGCAUAAACGAAGGGAUACCCAGCAAAAGCCGACAACAGCGGUCGGAGAACAAUACCAAAACAAAAGGUCAACAACAAGAUUGUACGUUGCACACAUCAUUUAUCACACAAAGAACACGGCGUAAAUCAUUAGCAGUACGUCCUCCGUCUCUCUAUGUAGAAGAAAGUGCGGAUGGCGACAGCUCGUCUAGUUCGUAUCGAUCAUCAAGACCUUAUCAAGUAUUUCAGUAUGAUGAUGAUGAUUCAGCGACAAAAAGUGCAACUGAAGACGAACUACACAACACGGAAGAUAAUACAUUUUGUUCCAGCAGUUAUAUAGAAAGUGAAUUGGGAGAUCAUGAUGAAAGUAAAGCAUAUUCUGGGCAAGUCCUCUUGGACUACUUCUACGCACUUUUGCUUGAGGUAAAGCAAAACAAAGGUGUAGAAUGCGCUAAUAAGAAAGAUGAAAAAAUAGUCGAUGUUAAUUCAGAACAGCCAGGCUGUAACAGAACCCAACGACGGGAAAGAGGAGCAACUCGCGAAAUGGUUAAAAAUCAAGCCACUAGCGCGUUAGACGUAAGUUGUGUAGCCAACCGAACAUACAUACAAAAGACGACGAGUCACACGACUUCCGUUGCCGUUGAUCAAGAUAAUCUUUCUAUAAACACUAGUAUAUAUGUACCGCCAAGAUAUGUGAAGCUCGAAUCUUCAAAUGUAAGUUGCAUAGCACAACGCACCCGCCGUCGUUCGAACAAAGUCGAUAUAAUUAAAGAAGAUGAAGCAGAGGAAAAUAACGUGUUCGACGUGCUUAAAGAUUGUGCUGAUACGAAUGAUGAACAAAUUAUUGAUUCUAAGGCAGAGCAGCAACGCAAAUUGGAUAAACAGGAAAUUCGAAAGAACAAUAAAAGCGAAACCACAAAUUCUUUAGACGUAAGUUGUAUUGCCAACCGAACGCGCCGGCGCUCCUCGCUGAAAAUGCAAAACAUAAGAAAUCGGACGUCUUCCCUUGGUUAUGAAGAAACUGAUUCGGAUGAUACAGUUUCUACAAUUUCUGCUAAUUCUGCUGAUUCAUUUAGACCAUCUGAUUACCAAGAAUCUGCUCCUCGCAAAAGUUUGAGGGGCGCUGAUGUUAUUUACGAAGAAACUGAGUUAGAGGAAGCCGACGUCUUCGAUGUGUCGUGCAUUGCAAACCGUACGCGUCGUAAAUCUGUGUGCCUUAACAAGAUCAAGAAUCUUACUGCCAGUAAUAGCAGCCACAGCAGUUGUCCAAAUGAUGCGGCUAGUACAAGCAACACACCUAGAAGUUCCACAGAGUCAUUUAAAUCUUCCACAUAUUUUGGUAAAAGCUAUGAAUACGCUAAUGAGAAUUAUGAUGACACCAAUUGUCAAGCAAGCGCAUCAAAUUCCUACCAAACAAAUGCCGCUCCUACUUGGCCGCGUGCCAGUACAAGUCAUUAUAGAUCAUCAAGGGAGCUUAGUGCGGAAAUGACACAGAAACGUAAGAGCCGUUUCGAUUCACCCAUGCCACCGAAAAUUCCAGCAUUAACUGAGGAUGAAAAAGAGCCUGAAACUCACGCGAAUGUUAUCAAUCAUUUGCAUAGUGUGGAGGAAAAUGUGGAAAUAUUUACUACAAAUUCUAAAGAGCAACCGACCAGCAGUACUAUAAUGCUUUCAACUGAUUCGUCUCCCGAGAGAAAAUUAAGUGACAUCAUAGAUAUUACAACACCCUCCCCUCAAACCGUGCCAUCUGACACUAUAUCGUCAGCAGUUGUUAGGCGUGGUGAUCGUACGCGUAUACGACCACUCCGUUUUCUAGGUAAUGAGGACGAUUCCGAUAGCCCUAAAGUAACUAUUGUACAUUCACCAAUGCCAAAUAAAAUAAAUUGGUCAAAUUUGAAAGAGAAAACUGAUGCUUACAUAAUGCCCAGAUAUAUGCGCGUCAAUGGAAAGCUGAAAAGGAUAUCAACAAAAACUUUUCAAAUGAAGCAACUGCAACAGGCGACAACUUAUAAAACACUUGACGCCCAAAAGCAUUUUGCCAGAAGUUAUAAUCUACUUUUAGAAACCCCAAAUGAUAACCAUCGUCGCGCCAGUAGCAGUCGCACGUAAAUAUGCUGACAACGAUUGUGGCCACGUGCCGCUCGUGUUUUAGUUUGUUAAUAUUGCAUUACUUCUUAUUUUGCACUCAUCUAAAAGUAAUAAUGUACAUACAUACAUUCAUUCCAUAAUAUUGUAAUUAUAUUUUAUAGUA